AGUUUUGUUUUUGCGUCUAGAAAAUAAACCUAAAAAACACAAAUUAGCCACUGGCUUCAUUUUGGAAGUGUAUUACGUUUAUAUUUUAUUAACUAGUUAGCUAAACAUUUUAGCUUCGGUUUAAAUACAACCACUUGUUUCCGAGAGUUUGUUUUGAAAGCGAAAACUACCUCGCUAGAUUGUUAGCGCUAGCUAAUUUUAGCGUAGCCACUUGCUAGUUAGCGAGCUAGCUAAGUAUCGAGAUAUAUUUGUUUGGCUAGCUUACUCGUUUGCAAGUACUUCUACUAGCAAACCUGACACUGAACUUUGAUAUUGACCGAAUGGGUUAGUAUAUAGUUAGCCAAGGUAUUAUUUGCUAGUUGCUAAGUUUAAAUUGUUUUACAAAUCAAUUCACUCAUUACGCAAUGAAAGUUGUUAGCUAGUGGGUUGCUAGUUAGCUAGCACAGAGCGGUAUCAUGUAACUAACGUUAAGUGUCGCUUCCAGAGACAUUGUAACAUAUUUUACCGAGUGAUUGAGUGCGAUGAGGUUUGGAAUCAUUUGUAUCAAAUUAGAUGACAAGAUAACGUUUUUCACUUUCCCUCUGAAAAGUCUCCAUGGUGCCAUGCUGGAUUUCUAUCGCCAGCGUCUAUGUUCUUUAUCCCUAUGGAUCUGUAUGACCCCCAGCACCAACACUGGUCUCUACAAGCAUCCUCAACAUGCUCCUGCACCAUGGAUCCCCCAGUGAGGGUUUUGGACCGAGGGAGCUUGUGAAAAAGAAGAUUUGAUUUUUUUUGUUGUUGCCAUCUUACCCAUCCUCCCUCACUCCCUCCUCUCUCCCUGCCCCAUACAUAUUCACCCGUACCUCCACUCCCCCCUAACGGGGGAAAACUACUCUGCACCUCUUCGACCUGUGCUGAACCAGGAAGGGACAGGACUAGGCCCACCAUCAGCCUACAGAGGUGACCAACAAGCUCCCAUAGAGAGCAGUCCAGCCCAGUCAAGUCUCCACAAGUCACUGUGCCAGGAUGACAGGGAUGCCCUCUUACAUUUCCACGGUGGGAUUCUGCAUCCUACUGGUGAUCAGAGCUGAAGGUAUUCAAACUGGUCAGAAUCCAGACCACAUGCUCCAUGGCACCGGGCACAAGCACGAGUCCAGGAAGCCUGGAGACGGGCCCACGGUGGCCCCAGAGGACGCCGCCCGCUUUCUGAGCUGCUACUGCUCGGGCCACUGUCCAGAGGACCACAAAAAUAACACCUGCGAGACGAAUGGCCAGUGUUUUGCCAUCAUCGAGGAGGACGAGAAUGGAGAAGCUAUUCUGACCUCUGGCUGCAUGAAGUAUGAAGGCUCACAUUUUCAAUGCAAGGAUUCACCCAGGGCUCAGACAAGGCGAACGAUCGAAUGCUGCGAUACAGACUUCUGUAAUCGGGACCUGCAGCCCACAUUACCUCCCCCAAUGGACACUGGUACCUACUUUGGCAGUGCCCAUUGGCUGGCUUUCCUUAUAUCAAUGACUGUGUGCUGCUGCACUCUCAUCUGCAUCACGGUAGUCUGUUACUACAGGUACAAGUGGCAGAUGGAGAGGCAGCGGUACCACCGGGACCUGGAGCAGGACGAGGCCUUCAUCCCUGUGGGAGAGUCUCUCAAAGACCUCAUUAACCAGUCCCAGUCCUCUAGCAGUGGCUCUGGGCUCCCCCUGCUGGUGCAGCGUACCAUUGCCAAGCAGAUCCAGAUGGUACGCCAGAUCGGCAAGGGGCGCUACGGCGAGGUGUGGCUGGGCCGCUGGCGGGGAGAGAAGGUGGCCGUCAAGGUGUUCUUCACCCGGGAGGAGGCCAGCUGGUUCAGAGAGACUGAGAUUUACCAAACUGUCCUCAUGAGGCACGAGAACAUACUGGGGUUCAUAGCAGCAGACAUCAAGGGUACCGGGGCCUUCACGCAGCUCCUCCUCAUCACAGACUACCAUGAGAACGGCUCCCUGUACGACUACCUGAAGUUCACCACGCUGGACACCCAGAGUCUGCUGCGACUGGCCUACUCCGCUGCCUGUGCCCUGUGCCACCUCCACACGGAGAUCUACGGCACCCAGGGCAAGCCGGCCAUCGCCCACCGAGACCUCAAGAGCAAGAACAUCCUGAUGAAGAAAAAUGGAACCUGCUGCAUCGCUGACCUGGGUCUGGCUGUCAAGUUCAACAGUGAUACCAACGAGGUGGACGUUCCUCUGAGUACGCGGGUGGGGACCCGGAGGUACAUGGCCCCUGAGGUGUUGGGCGAGACCCUGAACAAGAACCACUUCCAGGCCUACAUCAUGGCUGAUAUAUACAGCUACAGCCUCAUCAUCUGGGAGAUGGCCCGCCGCUGUGUAACGGGAGGCAUAGUGGAGGACCACCAGCUGCCCUACUAUGAGAUGGUGCCGGCAGAGCCGUCCUUUGAGGACAUGCUGGAGGUGGUUUGUGUGAAAGGGCUGCGGCCCACCGUGUCCAACAGGUGGAACGGUGACGAGUGUCUGAGAGCCAUGCUGAAGCUGAUGUCUGAGUGCUGGGCCCACAACCCCGCCUCGCGCCUCACCAUCUUACGAGUCAAGAAGACCUUGGCCAAAAUGGUAGAAUCGCAGGACAUCAAGAUUUGAUCCUUUUCCCCCCUACAUACUCAACACAGCCUGACCUAGAGACAGAACUCCCCAGUGUGUCCUAAUGCUGAAUGUGUCACCUCUGUUGAGUUGGCAGGGGAGGAGGAACAGGGUAUGGGAGAAAAAGGACCCUGUUGUCACUGGGCCUUGGGCAUUGAGCCUUAGCCUCCAUGAGUCUCUAUCACCACAACGGACAGAUGCUGCUGCCAGAGGCUCUUUCCCUUAUUCCCUCCCUGGCCAGAGGAGUUUGUGGUUAUCGUGCUGCAUUGAAUGCUUUCUGUGAAAGUCAAAACAUGACAUUGUGUGUGGAGGGGGAUGGCAUUUUCCUGCUCACAUGUUGAUGGGCAGAAAGGAAUAUGAUGGAGGAACCUUAGAGCCUCACUUCAAACCAAGACACUGCCCUCGCAAGCGUCACCACCUGCCAAUUAUGUUCGAUUUUUGCCUGUAAGCGUUUUAUGCCAACAUUUUUUCUCUUCAGGACAGUCUUCUCCUGCCAUAUUAAAAUGUAUCUCGACUCAUAAGUAGAGUAAUUACGAAAUAAGGUACUAUAAUUAUGUGAAUUUAAUAUGUAAAUAUAUUGUAUCGAUAGAUGCCGUGCCUCAAAAAAAAAAAUACAUGCUGCAAUGGUAUUCACGUCCAGUGGGCUUCAAACGGGACCUGCUUCAAGAGCUAUGAGCAAUCCAGUCAACCAAGGACGUUGUAAGAGGGGAUACCUGACUUGCCUUAAAUCAACUUGUCACUGUGCUUCCUACAACAAACCUCAACUCAGUAACUUGUCAAAAAAGACGUCUGGUUAAAAAGAAACAUAUUUAACGCAAAAUUGUAUUCAAAUGAUAUUUGUGAAUAGGGAGUUUGUGUCCCAUCAUGUCUCUAUGCUUACCUCUUCUUCAUAUGUGUUAUAUUCUGUAUGUCUUCUGGGAGGAAAGUUCAGAACACAAAAAUGGCAUAUUUUGGCCCUCAUGAAGCCUAUGCAAAAGUGUGCAGCUUAGAGAGCACACAUCAAUUAGGCCUUUCUAAAAAUGAUUAAUCUGACAUUUCUGCUGUCCCCACAUCCCACUGAUUCUUGCCCACAAUCAUAGAUCUAAGAUGAAUUCCCCCCUUCUCUUGCUUUUCAUUCUAUUUUGAGUUACAGAUAAUAUAUAUAUAUAUAUAAGUGGCCAACAUUCAUAUUGCCAAACAUCAUGUGAGCUCAGCCGUUGAACUGUACCAUUGUGCAGUAAUGGUUUGUCUUCCGGGGUCCUACAUGUCAGGUUUGUCAUAGGGCUCACAAGUCAACAUUAGUUCAGAAAAUAUGCAAUAUUUUACUAACUUAAUGUACAAUUAUAUAGCUUACUCAAUGCUAUGGUAAAUGGCAUAUUUACUUGUGCUAAAAACAUUUAGUUAGCCAGAGCUGUAAUGCUAUUGACGUUUGUUGAUCCAUCAAGCUUCCUCGGGGUUGUGUGCAAGCCCAUUUAUGACCAUUUAGCACAAGAGGAACUGCAUUUCUACAUUUAGAACUUCAUACAGGUAUGAAAUGAAAACAUACAUAAAUAAUAUCCUUGGCUGAACCACUUGUCCUCAACUCUAGACGCAGAUCGUGCCCUUUAACCCUCUUGCAUAGGAUCCAAGUCUUGGCCAGUGUAUUCUUAACUUUUUCUUCCAAGUCCCUGCUCCUAUUGUGUCUGCCUCUUUAUCUAUCCAAUGUUUGCUUUUGCUUCCCUUGUGUCCAUACAAAUUCUGAAAAAAUAUCUUGCAGUGCUUGUGGGUUUUGCGCACAUGUUUAAGUGUGCAUGUCCGCUGAAAUCACAUGCAACCUAGCGUGUCAGGACAGUUUCUUUGUGAAUUAAGCUAACAGUACAUAAUGGUAGAUAUUUAAGAAAUAUUUCACCUGAGCAGUAACUAGUGUUUUCCUCUUUGUAAUAUGCAAGAAAACCAUAUAGAAUAAUCUCUAUGUACAUCUUUAAUGUGUUUUUAUACAGCAUCUGGUUAAAAGGUGCCUUUUGAUUUUACCAAGGAAAGAAAACUAUUCUGUUUCUGUACACAGCCUGUCCAAUGUAUCAAUUUGAAAGUAAAUAACCUUAUUUUAGUACACAA